AUGAGUUCCGGCACGGAGUCUUCCGCGAAAGUCUACAACAUCCAGAACUCUACGAACUUGGUCGCAGUGUUCAUGAUGAUAUUGGUAAGUAUAAAAGAACACCGUGGUUUUUCACUAUUAUGUCCCGCACUGUUCUCUCGCCCUUUCAGAGCUCAAUCUUCGGACUCAUAUUCAAUCUCGCAAUAGUCUACGUGUUUGCGUCUGAAAAGAAGCAGCGGACCUCGUUCAACUUGAUCUGCGUCUUCCGAUCCGUCAACAACAGCAUUGCCCUGAUUGUCCCGUUUCUGACUGUCUACGUGCCAAUUGCUGUGAUGUGAGCUUUUCUUAAUACGCGUUUUGUGAGCUCCACUUCUUCAGCGGCUCCUCCUUCUACCCGAAUUGGUUGGAAUCGUUGCUGCUGUGCAUUAGUCUGAACAUUUUCGUGAUGAACGAAUUCCAAAGUAUUUACAUCUCUCUGAAUAGAUUCACAGCCAUCUUCCUCCCACUCCGCUAUCAAAAAAUCUGCUCGAUCAAAGUGACCGUAAUCGUUAAUUGUCUGAUUGUCGCCGACCGAAUCAGAAACAUUGCGUUCGAGACUUAUCAGCGAAUACGUGAGUGGUUCCCCGCAUCCUAUACCACUUUCCCUUCUUCGCGAAACUUCUUCAGAAUCCGAUUCGUACAUUCUCUUCUCCCCGGAGCACUUGACGUACAGUCUGACGUCCAUCGAACUAUCCGGGAGCAAUAUGAUUAUCGUCGUUUCUGCCAUCUUUUGCGUUGCUCUCGCGGCCAACAUCGCCACUUUCCUGAGAAUUACAGUGUUCUACUUGGUACUUUCUCACAGGGGAAAACUUUGCAAAUUUACGCUUUUCAGAAACAGCGAACGAGUCGGGACGAGCAAAAGUGGAGAAAAGUCAAGUCGAACAUGAAGCUGUUCAUUCAAACUGUUCUUCAAGACGCCCUCUUCCUUCUGGACACCGUCUUCACUUUUCAGUUGAGGUAAAGCGAGUUGCUACUCUCAAUGUAUCGACACAGACACUUUCAGUGGAAUAAUGACGAAUCGCUUCUGGACGUUCAUCUGCGAUUCAUUCGUCUGGCAGACUAUUCACGUGAUGGAUGGGUGAGUUUACCUGAACCUGUGACACUUUUUUUUAUGAAACAGAUUCAGAUUCAUAAUGUUAAUGUUCAACGAACGGCUGAGUCUCCUCAAAAAAUCAGUGUUCCCGUCUGUGCUAGCGACCCCAGCGGAGCCCACCAAACAAAUGUUCACGGUCACUGGAGGACACGCUUAUGUCGUCUGA